AUGGCUGCGUUGAUAAAACUUCGUCACAUGCCAAUUAUUCAAAAGUCGGUUUGGAAUCAUCUGACAAAAAACAGUCGCUGUAUAUCUACUUCUAAAAAAAAUAGUGAUAGCGCAACAACAGAAUGUAAAACUGAAGACAAAAAUUGGGUUAGUUAUGGUUUCGACUACGAUAGUAAGGAAGAGGAUACUAAUGCCCACCACUCAGCAUUCUUCUUCUCAGUUUCGCUUUGUCUAGUCUUUGGAGGAUUUUGUUGGGCAUAUGCCCCAGACGUCCAUAUGAGAGACUGGGCGCAAAGAGAAGCUUAUAUAGAAUUGCAUCGUAGAGAGAAAGCUGGCCUGCCACCUAUUGAUCCCAACUAUGUCAAUCCUAAAACAGUGAAACUACCAUCUGAAGAUGAGCUGUGUGAUGUUGAAAUUAUUAUCUAA